CUCUCUUCCUUUACGCUGUUCUCCUCAACUUGUUAUUAUAUCCCACCUCUUACCUUUCGCCGGUUCGAUCCGAAACGCAGCCGUCAACCAUUACUGUAAGAUUGCCGUCGGCGUCUAUAUCCUCGUCCAGCCAUCAUGGCUCCAAACGAUCUCUCAACCGCCAUAACCAACAGGUCUUUACGGACCAUCAAAACAGAACUGGAAUUCCUCUGCGACUCAUCCGUUAUCACACCUGGCCAACUUUCCUCAAUUCUUUCACAACUCCCAAGCCAAACACAGCUACACGCUCCCUUGCCGCAGUCGACGGCGGAUACCGGCUUCACGCCUCCCUCAGUACCUCCACCAUCUUACGCAUCAGCCCCGCCCGUUCUGUGCAUGGCUUCGGCACUCUACGCAUACACACCAACCGACGCAGGUGAUUUGGCCUUACAAGCCAACGACCGGAUUCAAGUUCUUGAACACAUGAACAACGACUGGUGGCGUGGUAGGAACGAGCGAACGAGUAUGGAGGGUAUUUUCCCAAGAACAUACGUUACCAUUAUCGAUGAGAAACCGGCAGCCAUCCCUCCACAACCGACAAACUACGGAAACAUGCCACUCGAAGUUGCAAACUCCGGCUCAAGCAGCCAGGCAGGAAGGAAACCAAGCAAAUUCGAAGAAAAUGGAAAGAAGUUUGGCAAGAAGAUGGGCAAUGCUGCUAUCUUUGGCGCGGGUGCCACCAUCGGCUCCAACAUCGUCAACGGUAUUUUCUAGUCGUAUAUUUGCCCCUCGACUUUUCUAUUUGCUCUAUUCCAUACUUUUGGUUUCCAUACGGGUCGUCUGGUUAAUGGGAUGGCAAUUUGCUUUUCUGUGCCCUUUGUCAUACGAGUGGCGUUUACGGUGUGACCGGUAUCGAAAUACAUUUAUCGGGUGGUUUUUGAAAACAACGGACCGGAAAUCAAAUUCCCAUGUUACGAAACAUGGCUGACAUAGGAAGACUUUUUUCCCCCCCCAGAGCCUUUUGAGGUUUACGGGUUGAAUAUAUCUUGCUUACUGUUAUUAAAAAUCUGGAACAAGGAUUCCAAUGAAUCAUGCGAAGUGGAAGGGGUUGCAUCGAUAUUCCUAGUUUAGCGGUGAUGGCUAUGCCACACUCGACCCCCUGGACAAGUUGUCGCUCCAGCAUCUCGCUGAUUUGGUUAAUCACUCCUCAUAAAUAUUUUCGCCGGAUCUCCGCUGCCCUAAGUUAGAUUUCUUGAGCCCUUUUAUGAUCUGCCGAUGGUUUAUUACGUUGGCUUCCUGCGAAGCCUUCACGGUGUAACCCGGCGUUCAGUCACAUUCUCUAUCCUUCCUUUCCCUUCACUGAUCGAUUUGGAAUUCUUUCUUCACUCUUGAAUUUUAUUUUUAUUUUUCUUAUUUUUUUCUUUUUCUUUUUCGAAGAAGCUACCUUUGAACUAACAUCCUUUCGUCCGUUCUUCCCUUUAAUCGUGUCUUUUACCUUGUAUGUGAGAUCAUAGAGGAGAGUUUGAUUACU